GCUGCUAUGCCAAACAGUCUCCUACCAUCAUUAAAGUAACGCGGACAGCUCAAGUGUCCACGGACAUACAGUAAUAAUACUUGCAGCGCAAUACCGAAGAUUAAACAGCAGUGAGUCGCUGUCAGUGAGUUUCAGUGUAGACGACUGAUCAGUGAGCCAACCAAACACCUGAAAACAAGAGUAUUUGCCGGUGUUUCGAUAAAAGCAGCCGCUUAACGUCUCACAUACCAAAGUAUAAACAGUACAAAAAAGAAACAAGACAUAAAAUGGGUUUCUCUGCUGAAGAAAUUGCUGAUAUCCAAAAGAGCUGGGAAGUACCAAAAGCCAACCUGACUGAUUCUGGCGCUGCCAUACUUGUGCAUUAUGUCACCAAGUAUCCCGAGAAUCUGGCGCAUUUUCCAUUCAAAGAUGUACCAAUCGCUGAUUUGAACCAAAAUGAGCGCUUCCGUUCGCAUGUAACGAAGAUAAUGAAAGUCUUUGACAACUCCGUCAAUGCGCUCGGUGAUGAAGCAAAGAUCGCACAAAUCUGGGAAGAUUUAGCCAAGUCUCAUGUUAAACGUCAGAUACCGGAGAAAUCGUAUUUGGAGUUGAAGGAUUCAAUUUUGACGGUACUCAGUGAAGCGGCGAAAUUGACUGACGCACAAAAGGCGGCUUGGAACAAAAUGUUGGAUCAUGUAUAUGCGAUUUUGUUCAAGAAAAUGUCCGAAUUGGGUGCUUAAGUGAGAGUAAUGCGCAUAAGAACAAGAGAGCAUAAAAAGCCAGAGUGAAUAAGCGCUGGCGGUUUUUGAACUGCCUUACUGAUGUUUCUUUGAAUUCAAUAUAAAAUUAUUAAGUUUAUGAAGCA